CAGUAAUUUUGAAAUAUUCAUGUAAAAUUUCAAAAUUUUAAAGUAUUAGCAUAAAUUGUUUUUCUAAUUCAAGAAAAGCCCUAAUAACCAUUCUUUUUGUUCACAUGGUCACAUGCCUCCAUUUCUUUUGACUCCGUUUUUUUCCUUUACAUUUAAAUGUAAAUACUUUCAAAGUUUUCUUUGUUUAAAACUACAAAAUAAUUGGUGCAAACAAUUCCACUAUAAAUUCCCAAACUAAACCAAACGUCACUAGAGAGCCAGCCAUUACCAAUGGAUUCAAAAACACCACUCUCACUUGCUCUAUUUCUCUCCACAACCCUACUUUUCUUCACUCUAGUGAGUGGGUGCACCACUGGCUGCCCCCACAACACGAACCCGAACCCGAACCCAGCCGAAGGACAUUGCCCUAGGGGUGUCCUAAAGUUAGGGGCAUGUGCCAAUUUGCUGAACGGAAACGUGGGAGCCAUGGUCGGGACCCCACCCGACUCGCCACAUUGUUGCUCGGCACUCGGCGGUCUGUUGGAUCUAGAGGCCGCCGUGUGCCUCUGCACGGCGUUGAAAGCCACCGUUCUCGGGAUCAACAUUGACAUUCCCAUCUCACUCACUCUGCUUCUCAACACUUGUGGCAAACAACAGCCCCCUCCUGACUUCAUUUGUGCAUGAAUCUUUGUUGGGUCUUGUUAAAUAAGAUGGGUUCGUUUUUAUCUUUUUAUUUUGUCUUACUUAAUUGGGUACUGUUGUUUCAAGAAUAUGUAUCAUUUUCUAAUCUUUCAAAUGUUUCGUUCCUUCUUUAAAAAAAGUGUUGAGAUUGUUGAUUCUCACCAUUCAUAUUCCUCAAAUAAAAUUCUUAAUUUUUCUUUUUUCAAUUCAUCCGUACUAAAAUAAACUCUUUACUUUUUU